UUUUUUUUUUUCUAACUUUAACCUUCGUUUCCACUUACUUAAAACUGGUCUUUAAUUUUACCCAUCUUUGAGAUGUGACAAAUUGAAAAGUAAAUUGCAUAAGUGAAAUAAACACACGGAAAUCAUAUAUCCUUUUUUCACAUUUGAUGUUACGUAUAAGCAACAUUGUGUUUUAGUAAAAUAUCAAUUAACAAUUAAAGUAAGUUAUCGACGAUAAAUGUAUUCAAUUUUUAGUAAAUUUUAGUGGAUUACAGUCUUCUCUACAAUGCUAUACGACAAAUUCCGUUUCUACAAUUAAUAAUUUAUAAAAAGUAAUUUUUCUUAUUACAUCCUAAUAUAUAUUGCAGGCUAAAAAAUUAUUUAGUUCUGGGAAGGUUAGUAUGUAACAUUCGAUUAGGAAAGGCAAUGGAGUUAAAAGGUAGCGCAAAAAGCAAUCGUAUACGGAGUUUGUUAAAAUCGAAAAAAUUGAUUGCACCAAAAGUGGAAGUGAUUACGGAAAAUGUUUUUGUACCGAUAACAAAGACCAUAUUUACGAAGAAACGUGGUAAUGCAAUGCAGUGCAAUUUUUCCGUACCAAAAGUGGAAUUCGUUAAGUUAUAUCGAUGUAACAACGGCGCAACGAUGCCAUUAUUAAAGAAACCAUGUAGCCUUCUAACUAAUAUAACAGGUAAACACAAAGUAGAAACCUCAGGAAAACGGUUACGUUCGAUUGAUAAAAGUUACAGUUUUGUAAACGAUAAGAAAGUAAAUUUCUCUCAACAAUCAGAAAUUAAAAAGCAACAAAUAUUGAUAUUUCCUUCAUCGAUUUCUGAUCUGCCUUUGACUUCGUUCAAACGUCACUCUCCUGCAAUGGAUGAAAACGCAAUUAAAACAAGUAAACGGAAGAAAAUGGAUAAAAUUAAUGAGAAAACAAGAAUUGGCGGUAUUAAUCGCAUCUCAUUGAAUCUUCCAAAAACAAACGGUGAUGAUAAAAAAUUGGAAUUAUACAAUUCAGAAAAUGUUAUUCGUCGAUCGCAGAAUGACACUACUCGGACUAAAUGUUUGUCAUCGAGUUCUAAGGAAAAGAUACAUCUGAUGGAAAAGAAUAUCUUAAAUAAUUCAAUUAUGCCAAGGAAUACCUCGAAUGUUUCAAUUACAUUAAGUUCAGCAAUACCAACAGCGACCACGAAGAGAAAAGACGUUGAAAAACAAUGUAUUUUUGAUCCUUAUUGCGAAUCUGUUUUAAAAAAUAUCGACGUAGCCAUAAGAGGAACAAUUUCUAAUAGUAUCAUUGAUCACGGGGAAGAAUUAAAGUAUCCAAUUACGCAUAUCGAAUCGGAAGCCUUUAAUCAACUUCGGUGUACCAUGUUUGAUGUUUCGACAUCAGACAAUUUUUUAAAAACGAACGGACCCGAUACGAUAGAGACUAUGCAUAGUAAAACGUUGUCUACGCGUAAUUUUCGGCAUCAUUCUCGAGAAAACAUUGGCCAUUCGAUUCUAUCCUUUCUUACGAACAAUCGAUCUCAAUAUCAGGAUAGUACAAACUCGCACAACAACGGCCGUAUGUGCAAGAUAAAAUAUUCUUGGCAGGUCAUUGGUACAGGUUCGCAAACAUCACAGACACUUUUGGACAAUUUAGUUAAGGAAAGCAAUCUUCUCGAUGACGAAUCAGUCUACAAAUGUAGCGUUAAAUAUUCUUGGCAAAUUAUUGGAAUCGCUACACAAACUUCUCAAAGAGAUUUCACCGUUUCAGAAUGUCGAUCUGCUAUUUCAUUUUUAUCUGCAAGAACAAAUACGAUUUGUCAUCCUAUUAAAGAAAUGAUAUGUGACUCACCACCAAUUGCUACAGUUUGGCGAAAGGGUAAAAGAUUUAUUAUAUUAAAUAACCAAUACACACAAACGUUUACUCAUAAAGAAUGUCAGACGGUUUUUACGGAACUUUACAAAAAAUACCAGAAUUAAAAGUUAUCGUUCACUUCAUAUUAAAAGUAUUGAAAUCAGUGGUAAAAGUAAAACAAAAACAUUGUUAUGUUCAGUA